AUGUGCCAGGCUUAUGAUUUGAAGUCUUUCUCAUUGUUGCAACCGGAUUUGAAGCGCUCGACCGAUUCUACGGUCAGCUUUGCUGUCAGUCAGACAUCGGACUAUUACGCCAGCCUGCCGAGUCUGUCAGUCAACAGUUGCGUUUCGUCUCAGCCCGAAUCGCCCCUGCUGUGCUUGUCUGAUGCCGAAACAAACAGCUUGGACGGCGUCAGCAUGGUGAACACAAGCGGACUAGCGAUGGCCGAAGAUUCGGCCUUUCUUUCUUUCCAAGAAUUACCAUGCCACCCUUACCAUACCCGACAGCAAAUGCAGCGACUAAGAGAGCAGAUCAGCUGCCAGGCGCAGGCCAACCAUUUCGAUUCGGCUGCGGUGUCGUCGAAACUGUCAGGGGGCGGUAGCCUUUCGACGGACAGGGGCGACUUUGACGUAGAGACGCUGACCGCGUUUGUUCCCGUCCGCAAGUCCUGCUAUGGGAGCAGCGGCUCGCAUCGACUCUGUUCCGCUGGCGGCGACCCAAUGCCGUUCGAAGACUCGUCCACAGCGAACAAUGUGUCUGGAAGCGUACAUUCUCAGGAACUAGAAUCACUCUGUUGUAAACGAGGCGGGUCCUCUGCUACAGGAACAGAAAAGCGAAAAUGUUUUCCGAACUCUUGUUCGUCUGACUCAGGGUCAAGUGGAAACAGCAAUCUUUCGGUAGCGCAAGCCAAGAGUCGUGUGUUGACCGCGUCUCGACGCACCGCUCCCAUCAAACUUCUUAUUCCUCUGACCAGGCAAUGCCAUCAGCACGUUUCUUCCUCUGCAACCGCUGGCGUGAACGAAGGCCGGACUGGGGCAGCUUCAAAAGCAGCGGCACCAAUCGAAGAAGACGACGACCUGUCAUCGCACAGCAUCUCCUCGCUGCGAAAACGCAACCGCUUCGAAAACUACGAUCGCCAGGCGAUGGCCAAUAGAGGCAUUAGACGCUGCCAUCCUCGUCCAUCGCUCGAUUUUGACAAAAUGAGAGAAAAAAUGGUGAAAGACAGCAAGAAGAAGACAAGUGCGAAUGCUAUUAUGACGAGCAAUCGGGCAAGGGUCAAGCUGCGAAGUUGGAGUGAUGGCUAUCAGCUGCGAUCAUGCGGUGACAAUUUUCUGUUUCGGCCAUUGGAGCCACCGAUCGACAUGAGCACGCAAGUCGAGCACGAAAUCAACGAUCUCGUAAAAAAUAAUUGCCGUUUAUAA